CACCUUCCUCUUUCGUUUUCUCUACUUGCCCAAGCAGCGAAAGCUCCGAGAGAUGCUGAAUAUGAAAUUAGCAAUCCGCUAUUGGCGCAUUUUUGAGAAAUACAGCUUUCCCCCCUUUGCCUAUGACUAUAUCCAUUUACCUUCUGUCAGUGUACUACCAGUUACAUUUUGCUGGUCUCAUCAACACCUAGAUUGCAGAUUGAUUAGUACCAGAUCUUUUGUACAAAGCAAAAAAGGUCUGCCCCCUUAUAGGUCAAAUUAUGAGUGCUCUCCAAAGCCCCAAGAAACUUUAAUUAAUACACCAGUAGAAGAAGUAAAAGCAAUUGAUGUGGACCAUUUGAAACUAGAAGAGGAGACAAAUGCUUAUGUUAACCUGGGAUUCAGUCCUGCUCAGAUAACACAGCUAUUUAGCUUGCAGCUGGAUGUACCAUUUCAGUCAAAAUUGACUGCAAUUUCAGAAUUACUCCUAUUGGGUUUAAGCAUAACCACAAUACUGAAGAUCUUAGAAAAGAAGCCUGAACUGCUGAAAAUGUCACCAAAACAUUUGAAGGAACGUGCAGAUCUUCUGAGGAGAUUUGGCUUAGAUGCAGGCAGCGUUAACCAUGUGGCAGUACAUUUUCCAAGUAUUUUUACAAUACCACCCAAGAGAAUCAAAGCCCUAGAGAAUCUCCUUAAAGAAAAAUGUCUCUUCACAAUGGCACAAGUAUCAAAAAUUCUACGAACAAGUCCAGAGCUCCUUUUAGAAGAGUUAAAUGAUGUAGAAUACAAAUUCCAGGUAUUUGCAGAACAACUUUGCUGA